AAGACACUUGAAAGGCAAAAUAAGGUACAACGGCUGUGGAACUGCGUUGUACACUUUGAGCAGAUAAAUUUUGAAAAAUAUUAACAAAAUAACAAGAAAGAAAGUAAGCAGGUAAAAAACUACGCGAAACUUUAAAGCAGCUAAGACAAGCGCAGGGCGGCCCAAGCCACAAGGCACUUAAAAUGGCUGACGAGUAUAUGCCAGAUGUCAGCAUGAUGGACACAAUUGUGCCCGCCAUAUUGGGCCUCACUGCGGCCGCAGUGCUCUCGACGGUGGCCUGCAUCUGUGCCAAGCAGAUGCGCAUACGCAACAAGAAGCAAAACCAACACGAUGCGUCAUUCCCAUUCCAACCGACACGACGUCCGACCGCAGUUCGUUCGCCAAGCGGCCAGCCGCCGCACUAUCUGAAGAAAUCACCAUCGCCCACUGGUGGCAAGCAGAUGGGCUUGCUCUCACCCAUGCAGGAUCAGUCAACAUCCCCGACAGCGCCGCCAAACAUGAAAUAUAACGAGGAGGAUGAGGUGACACAGCCGCAGCUUGCACAGCAGCAGCAGCAAAAUUCCAACAAGCUCCACGUUGUUGACAAUGCCAAACACCACAAUCAACAUCAUUCGCCAGUGGAGACCAUUGCCAAUGGUAAUGUGACCAUCACACUGGACGAGACGCUGUCCAAUGGCAAGGAGCUGACCGUAUGCGACCAAUAUGGCAAGCUGGGCACCAUUUACUUCAAGCUGCGCUACUUGGCUGAGCGGAAUGCACUCAUGGUAUCCAUCAUACGCUGCCGCGGGCUGCCUUGCAAGGGUGGUGCUGGCGGCACUGGGGAUAUACCCACUGGCAUGAAUGGACGCACCCAGGCGGCAACCGAUCCGUAUGUAAAGCUGCAGCUGCUGCCGGACAAACAGCACAAGGUGAAGACUCGCGUGGUGCGCAACACCAGGAAUCCUGUUUACGAUGAGGACUUUACCUUUUAUGGCUUGAAUAUGAAUGAUCUGCAAAACAUGAGCCUGCACUUUGUUAUACUAAGCUUUGAUCGUUAUUCGCGAGAUGAUGUUAUUGGCGAGGUUGUCUGCCCAUUGUCUUCCAUCGAGAUUGGUGAUAUAUCGAAGGAGGCGCUCUCGAUUAGCAAGGAGAUACAGCCACGCAGCCUGAAGAUACGCGCCCAAGGACGUGGCGAGCUGCUCAUCUCACUCUGCUGGCAGCCGGCAGCUGGACGCUUGACCGUCGUUUUAUUAAAGGCCCGCAAUUUGCCCCGUAUGGACGUCACCGGCCUCGCUGAUCCCUAUGUCAAGAUAUACUUGCUUUACAAUGGGCAGCGUAUAGCCAAGAAGAAGACUCAUGUCAAGAAGCGCACGCUGAGUCCUGUCUUCAAUGAGAGCUUUGCUUUUGAUAUACCCGCUGCAGAGGGCACUGGCGCCACCUUGGAAGGUGUCUCAUUGGAGCUAAUGCUACUCGACUGGGAUCGCGUGACCAAGAAUGAGGUUAUUGGACGCUUAGAGCUGGGUGGACCCAAUUCAAGCAGUACCGCUUUGAACCAUUGGAAUGAAGUUUGCAGUUCGCCACGUCGCCAAAUUGCCGAAUGGCACAAGCUAAAUGAGUAAAACUCUUCAAUUUUAUUUGGGGCAGCGACCCGGCGCUGGCGCCGCCUAUUCAACCACAAAAACAACAACAGGCAAACCAAGUUAAAUAUAUUCUAAUUUUUAUUUUC